AUGAUUAGUCGAGAACCAGUUCAAUCUUGUAAAAUUCCAUUCAAAUCUUGUCAAAAUUCAGUUAUUGAACAUAGCCUAGUUACUAUACAAUUAAGUGUUGAAUGGCCUGAUAAAGGUGGCGAUGAUCCCAAUCUUGUAAUGCACAUUGUCAAUAAAAUCCCAACAACAUCUUGUGUUGAACAAAAUCCCUCAAUGCCAUCUAUGUGUACAAAUAUUGUGAAUCGUUCUGUUCCAGAACAGAAACGACAAGAAAAUUUUCCUACAACGCAUCAAUCACAAUUCUAUCAUCGUCAUCAACAACAACAUCAUUCACCAGGCAUCAAUUUUCAUAGUUCAACAAAUCCAAUAGCAACCGUACCUACCAUUGAUUUUAAUAAGAUUUUAACAACUACAACAACUGAAUUAUUCAAUACUUUACAACCACAAGUACAAAAUUUGACUGCUCCUACAACAGUCCAAUCCACCGGAAAUAUGCCUAAAUCUCAAUUAUUACCUAAUUUUCUAUAUCCAACAACAGCAACAAAUCAACAGUAUUCGUUUAAUCAACAGUAUUCGUCUAAUCAACAGUAUUUGUCUAAUCAACAGUAUUCGCCUAAUCAACAGUAUUCGCCUAAUCAACAGUAUUCGUCUAAUCAACACGUCGUUCAUACGCCAUCGUCGUCUAAUAUGAAUGAUCCUUCUAUGAAUAUGCAAAUGAGAACAACAAGUCCAGUGCCAACAAUAAGACCAAUGCCUACUCUAACAACGCCAGUUGAUGUAUUAAAAACACUGUCUACACCUAGUCCAACAUCAACAUUAGCAUCUUCAUCAAAAAAGCUUAUUAUUUGUCAUUGUUCGAAUCCUCCACACUGUCAUGACGAUAAUUGUCAGGUUCGUGAGUUACAUGACCCAUCAGAAAAUACGAUUCUAGCAGGUGAAACUAUAUAUCGACCAUUAAAUGAUCCAAUGGUUUCUCAUCACACUGCUUUUUCUUCGCAAGUACGUUCGAAUGAUACUAUAGCAAUGUUCUCUAUAACGGACCCAAUAAAAACAGCAAGAUUAUUACCGUUUCCCAGUUCAGAUUUGACGAAAACACCUGGUUCGUCAUCGAAUUUAACAGCUAUUAUUUCGCAACAAGUACCAUCAAAAGCAAUAAAUACCUCUGUAUUGACUGCAAAUCCUAAUUUUCGACAACAAGCAUCAAACUUUUCACCAGUUAUGACUAACAAUUCUUCGAAUCAUCAAACGACUUCACCAAUGCCUGCGUUCAUUGAAGAACAACAGAAUACUAAUUCCAUCAGUCCACAUCAACAACAGCGACACCCGUCGAGACAUAAUAGUUUAUCAAAUCACGACCAAUUAUCAUAUCAAAAUCAAAAUAAUGUGUAUCAAUCGUCACCUACUAUGAAUAAUUUAAACUCACUAACAACACAACAAAAUAAUAAUAAUAAUAAUCAUAAAGUUACAUCAUGUUCUCCUCUACAGCAACCGGAAAUAUUUAUUUUUCCAGAUAAUUCACACACUACUACAAAUUCAUCAUCAGAUAGUACUUCAAAUGAUUCAAGUGACAAUAGAAACACGACUAUUCAACUACAAGAUGAACUAUAUACAUCUAAGAAAUCAGUACGAUCACCCGUAGAGCUUGAUAUUAUUAUGUCGGACAACUUCAUGAAAACAGAAAUCGGCUCACCAGAAAUCGAUAUGACUAUAUCUGAUGUUAUCAAAGGUAAAGGCCAUAUCACACUGUGUAGAAAAUCAAAAUCAUCUGGUUUAAAACCACAAACAAAGAAACAACCAUUAUUAUCUCAACUCGUUUGGGAACAUAAUAUACCGGUGACAACAACAACAAAAUAUUUACCGACGUCGAAUGAACAAGAACUAGAACAACGAACUCAUGAUUCAAAUACAUCGACAUUAAAUGUUCCAAAUGUUCAUAGUAAAACAUCACCAUUGAAUUCUUCGCCUGAUUCAGGACAAACUACUUUGCAUACAUUAUCCCCACAAGAAAAAUCAACAAAUAACAUCCUCAAGAGAGAUCGACCAUCGCCAACAACCAUUAAAAACUCAAAACGUAUGAGUAUAACUAAUGUAAGUGCACCACAAUCAAUAGCAACGGCUGCAUCGUCAUCUCCUCUUGAUAUAUCUCGCGGAACAACGACAUCACCAAUAACGCCACAAUCAAAUUUAGUCAAUACAUUAAUUUCAUGCCCGCUGAACUCAUCCGCAUCGUCAUCAUCAUCACCAAAUGAAUAUCUAGCAGCUAAGACGACAACCGCAAUGGUUGCAUCUGCUCAAAUUUCACAACAGAAUUUAGCAAACAAUUCCUGGCGAUCAUUAAACACAAAUCAUGAUACUACGCCACCUGAUUUUAUUUUUCCUGGUGAUGAACAACAACAUCAAAGUGCAACGUUUGCAAAAACUCAUGAAUUAGCUGAUAUAGUUGAAUUCCUAAUGAGGCCCAAUGACAACGAAAACUUUAAUGCGUCGACGCCACCACCACCAUCGUCAUCAUUAAUAACAAUAUCGACAUCAAUUACUAGUGAAAUACUAACUCCAACAUCAAUAGACAGAUCAUCAAAUACAUUAGAACAAUCUGUCUUAAAUCGCGAUGACAUCUAUGAAAACUUUUUUCCAUCUGUUUCACCUGAUGCGGAAGAAAAUCAAGUAAUCCUAGCAAAACAAACAUUGAACAGUCCUGAAAAAAAUUAUUCACUAGGUGAUGAUCGCUUGAAUUCAAACUCUCAAUCGCAAACGACAAUAUCAAAAGUCAUGGACGCUAAGAUAGAAUCAUUCAAACAAACAAAUAAUGAUCAGACUCGUGUAACAGUCAAUAGACAGCAACAGAAACAGAAACAGCAACCAAUGCAACAAUCAUUGAAAAAAUCGAAUGAUCAAUUGAAGUCAACUAUUAAUAAAUCUAUAAAACAUUGUUCGAAAAUUUCUAAACAGAAACAUCGAUUUCAUCCCAAGCCAAAACAAAAUUCAGCAAAGUCAACAUGUACACGUUGUGGCCAUGGGAAAUUAGUCGAUAUAACAUAUCAUGAAUUUCCAAUGCAGCAAGGUCUUCUAUUUGAAUGUGUAUCCUGUGGAAAUAAUUCUAUGCGAUCGAAUGUAUCCGCCGAUGAACGACAACGACGUAUAGCUAAAGUUGCUGCUGAUCAUCUAACUAAAGUUACAUGCCAAUUUUGUCAACAAACGUUUCUUGCGCACAACGAUUAUCUCAUGCAUUUGAAAAACGAUCAUGCAUCGGAUAAACCUAUGUAA